GGAUGAGGAUGGUUUAGGCAAACCCGCCCCAUUGCCAUCCCUACAUAGAAGUCCCAAGUCCCAAGGCGACCGGAGAGCGAGAAAGGCGAAAUAAUGGCAGAAGCCGGAAAUAGCGGCGGUGGUGCGAGGAAGAGAAAAAUGGCAGACAAGAAAGACGCCGGCGGCGCCCGUAAGUUGGCUCCGAACUCAAAUUGGCCUGCCAUCAAAUCCAAGAAGAAUCUUCAAAUCACUCGUCUCAAAGAUUCGGACCUCUUCACUGUGCCAGAAUUCUUGUCAGCAACUGAAUCUAAGGCAUUCAUUAGAGCUGCAGAGUCGAUUGGAUUCGUCCAUCAAGGCAGUCUUGGUCCAACGAUGGGGGAAGCUUAUAGAGACAAUGACAGGAUCUCCGUGAACGAUCCGGUUCUGGCAAGCACGCUUUGGGAUUCUGGGCUUAGCAAAUUGUUCUCUGACAUCAAGAUUAGGGGCAAAGUUGCUGUUGGGUUGAACCCAAACAUCAGAUUCUACAGGUACAAGGUUGGCCAGCGAUUUGGGCGUCAUAUCGAUGAGAGUGCGGACAUUGGGGAUGGGAAGCGCACUUAUUAUACGCUCUUGAUAUACUUGAGUGGCAGUUCUAAAGCCAAAGCUAGCAAGAGUGAGUUAGAUAGUCAGAAGGAUGCAUCCAUGGAGCCUCUAGUUGGAGGAGAGACUGUGUUCUAUGGCUGGAGGAACAAUGUGGUGGCAGAGGUGGCUCCCGCUGAAGGAAUGGCUCUGCUGCAUAUUCAUGGCGACAAAUGCAUGUUGCACGAAGCCAGGAACGUGUCGAAAGGGAUCAAGUAUGUGUUUCGAUCCGAUGUGGCCUUUGCUUGAACCAUGAAAUGUGUAAGUCCUGUACUUGUACACGAACAGAAUCAGCAGAUUGAUUGCUCAAUUUAUUCAGUGUAGCUUUUCAGACUUACAGCCAUAAGCUUGAUAGGGCUCUCCACGAUUGUAAGGUGUGUGAAAAUUGUGUGCAAUACAAUAUCAAAUGGAACGAAAGAAAGAAAGAACUAAUCUGUGGAAAAAACAUCUCAAUUAGUAUCAAUUCACAGAAGCGCAUUUGAGCC